UGUCUAGAAAUUGUCUAACAUAGUUAAUGUGUUUGGUUGAUACUUUUUGCUUGAUACAUUUCAUGACUUUGAUUGAUGUUAGGACAAGUUGAUAAAGAAGUAUUAGGAACUAAGACUUAUUUUGACAAACUUGAAACUAAUCAUAGAGAGGACGAAUUUUGGAAUAGGUUAUAGGUAGCCUAUGUCAGUUUUGGGACUUUGCUUCACUACAGAUUGUAGUUUCAGCAAUUUCCUAAGUUUGUGGAGAUUCACUGAUUUUGAAGCUAAGAAUCGAGAAGGUUUAAAUUUUGAAUUUCUAAGCCUUGAAUGAGUUCAAUUCUUGAGAGCAAAUCAUUAGGAAUUAUCCAUCUGAUAUCACUAACUAUAAUCUAUGGGCUUCUAGGAUCCUAGGAAGUUGUUGGAACAAAAUUUAGGACUUUUGAUACGAGUUUCAGAUAUCAGAAGUCUGAAGUAUCAGACACUGAUCGGUCGCUGGACCGGUCAGGAGACUCCCUGAUCGGUCCACAGUCCGGUCAGGGGCUCUCUUGCGACAAUCAUAUCUGAACGGUCUGCAGACCGUUCAGAUAUCGAACAGAGAGGUUGCGGAUCGAUCAGGAAAUUUCGAUAGGUUCUGUUCGCGUUUUGAACGGUCCCGGGACCGAUCUGAAGGAUGCCUGAUCGGUCCAGGGACCGAUCCGCUAUCUCCGAUCCAAGGAUCUGAUCGUUCAAUCCUUCUCCUGAUCGGACGGCCGUCCGAUCGGGUUGGUCACCUACCCUCUUAAAACCUCCCAUUCUUUGGCGUCUCACGCGAACCCUAUCUCUCCGCUUCUCUCGUUUCUUCUUCCCAGCGCCGGCCGACCCUCGUUUCUUUCUCCGACGAACGAAGUAAUGCCUCCAAGGAAGAAAUCUGCAGGGGAGGGUACCUCUAAGUCGGAUAAGUCCAAAUCUAAGGUUCCUACCUCUUCCCGACCUCAACCAUCCAGUUCGGGGAGAUUCCCGAACCAACAGUUUGAGAAACACUUUAAGGACAGGAUUUUCAAGUUGCUCCCGUGUAGGUCGGUUGAUAAGAAGUACAUGAACGAAUUUUGUCCGUCCAUAACCGAAACUAUCGCCUACUACAAACUUGACGCCAUGGUAUAUUUGGAGAGAGACAUCAACCUUGACUUAGUCUCGGAAUUCUAUAAUAAUCUUCAUCAGACUUUGGAUGGUAAUUAUAGAACCCGAGUGGCUAAGCAAAACGUUGAUUUCAAUAUGAUUGACUUCUUGGGUUAUUUGGCUUGUCGUGUAAGUACGGGGUUGCUCUCUUUCUACCCUGAUUUGCCAGACCCCGUGCCUCCUCCUCUCGAUGCCUCACCUGACUCAAUCUAUGAGUAUUUCUUUGGACACCCCAGACAGGAUGGAUUAAAUGAGUUGGAUGACGACUUUCCCACAUUUCCAGCCCUUAGCCUUUCUCCUCCUGACUAUAUCCUUUUUAAAGUGGUCACACAAUGUCUUCUACCGAUCACCACUAAAUCGUUGGCAGAGAUUCGCCCGUAUCACUGUCUGAUGCUUUACGGGUUACGUCGGCGUCUAGAUUUUGAUAUCAUGUCCAAUAUCUAUGCAUCCAUCGUAUUCCAUAGCACGCCAAGCGGCGACAAUGUCUAUAUGCCUUAUGGGCAUGUCAUUACUGGUUGGCUCGAGACUUUGGGUAUAGAUGUCUCUAAGGGGAGGUUGGUGAAGAUGGUUCGCCAGGAUUGUCGACUUGGGAAGCGUGCGUUUUCCAAAUCUGGCAUCCUCAGUCAGGAUGGGACCAUUAGGUGGAUGGAUGGAAGGGCACUGGGUGAGUUACCACUCCCACGACAGGGUGCUCGUGCUCCUGCUCCAGCUGCACGUGUCGAGGCGGAUCCAGAUCUGCGCUGGCAGAUCGCGGAGUUGGAGGACCGAUUUGAUCGCCACGAGGAGAUGGUGGCUGCUGAGUUCGUUGGUCUACGUCUCCACAUUGACCGACGCUUUGAGACCCUACAGAGACAUCAGCUGGCUACUCAUCAGGCGUUUAUGGGAUGGAUGGCCAGCCACCCACCACCUCAGCCUUCUACAGACGAUCCAUCUUCAGGCAGCGGCGUACCCCCUCAGGGAUUCUCUUAUCCUGUUGCUGAUGUCACUGCUCCUCAUGAUGAGGAUAUUCAUGGAGUUUAA